AUGGCUCGUGAAGAUGCAGCGGACGAGGAUGAGGAGGAAGUGCGACAACGGAAGGAUGAGUUUCUGAACUUCCGCAGAAACUUGGAUGGGAUGCGUGCCAAGCAGGAGGGCAUUGAAUCAAAUGCCGACAAGCUGAAGUCACAAGGCAACCAGUUCUUUCAGCUCGGCCUGUACGUGCAGGCCUCGAUGAUGUACAGUGAGGCCUUAGACUUGCAGCCUGAGAGCACGGUGCUGCUGAACAACCGGGCCAUGGCCUACUUGAAGCAGGGCAUGUGCGAGGAAGCUCUGGCAGACGCCGACCGCAGCCUGGAGUUGGACACGUCCAAGGAGAACAUCAAGGCCUUCUGGCGGCGAGCCCAGGCCCUCUUGGAUCUGGGGCUCCACGAGCAGGCCGAGACCGCGGCCAACGCAGGCAUCGCGGUGCAGGCCAACAACACGCACCUCUCUCGCGUGCGGCGGAAGGCCCGCGAGGCGAUCGCCCUGCAAAGGCUGUGUGGCGUGGACUGGGUCGGGAAGAUGGAGAAUGGAGUGGAAAAGAGAUACUCCUUCUCAAAGGAGGGAGAGAUGGCCAUGACCGUUGUCGGGCACAAGCUGAAGGCCACCUUCGACUUGAGCGUUGAGUGCACUCCGCAGUCCAUGGUGGUGAAAAUGCAGCCAGCCUGGCCCCCGGAGAGCCAUCCCAUCCUACCCUGA